AGCGCUCAAGUGGCGGUUCCGCAUUCGAAAAGGCAGAAGUACAUUAGCUGAAAGCGUCGGACUGCAGUUUCGUGGUUUCUAGGUUGAAAACUCACAAUCAGUACAGGACUCAAAGCUUGAGGCUUAUAAUGACAGACGGGAGAUCCUGCAAAGUGUGUAACUUCACACGGCAGAAAUCAUACGGAGUGGUUGUUCCCACGUUGGAUGAUCUGAAGAAAAAAGGAUGUGAGUUUCUGGGAGUGAACCCCUCAGACCCGGUCACUGUGGUCCUUGAGGGUGAUGGGACCAUAGUAGAGGAUCAAGCCUACUUUUUGUGUUUGCCUUUUGACACCAUGUUCAUGCUGCUGCAUGACAAAGAAACGUGGGCUCCAGCUCGCAAGAUUGAUGGCGGCACGGCUUGGAUGGCGAGAGAGUCUGUGGUUCUGGAAACUGAUGUCGUCGACUCCAACGUUAUUGAGGCACCGUGGUGGAAUCUGGCGCUGCAGCUGAAGCAAGACCUGACCAGUAUCAUUCUCAUGUCUGAGGGAGACCUACAGUCUUUAGUAGAGGCGCCUUGCUCUGAACUAGCCUCUGCCCUGGGCUUCCAAGAGAAGAAGGCAGAGGAACUUCAGGAGACGCUGCAGAGGGUUUUAGAUCGCAGAGAGGAGGAAAGGCAGUCUAAAGAGCUGCUCCAGUUGUACCUCAAAGCUGUGGAGAACGAGGACAGACAGCAGGGAGCCACAAGUCCUUCUAGUCAGGACGGUGCUGGAGAUGUGGAUAUGCCGGACGGAGUGGAGGUGGAUUCUGCGUCCGAGUUCAUGUCCAGGACACUGAUGGUCUUGAAAGGCAAAACCAGCCCAGAGACCAGACUCUCCACUGAGGAUUUGCAGGCUGUAGUGAGCAGAGGGCUGGAAGCCAUGCAGCAGGUGCUGGGUUGGGACGCAGGCAGGACCGCCGCGCUGCUGCAGGCCUGCAAAGCGGAGCUGUCAACGCGCCUGCAGCAGAUUCAGGCCAUGCAGUCCAUCAGCGGCACGCAGCAGGACAGCAGCAAACACAGGGAGGGGGCGGGAACAGCGACCCAAGGCAGCAGCUAGGUUUGACCGAGCAGAGACUGAUAAGGAUUCACACUAACCUGCCUCGAGGUCAGGAGAAUGGGAUUUGCUCUGUGUUGCUGUUUAUGUAGCUACAGCUAAAAAUGUUGAAGAUGUGGAUCUCUGCGUGGUUUUGAGAACGCUGAGAAAGCAGUGAAGUUGGUCUGGAGAGCGCCUGGCCUGAUUUGCACAAAUGUGUUCAGUUUGAAUAUGUUUAACCACUUUUUGAUUUCCAUACUUGGGUUAUGUUGGGAUGAUAGCUAUAGACAAACAUAUGCUUAUGAAUAUUAACAUGCUAGCUCCCAGUUGUCUUAUAUAUAAAGAUGUAAUGGAGGCAAGCGUGGUUUUGCUGAAAGUUAAUGCUUCUCGAAAACAGUUUAUGUAACGUCAUCCACUACCAGUUCGUGUUUUUCUGUGAAUAACAAAUGUUUACUUAAUGUAUGGUUAGGAAACAGAGCUUUUAAUAACUGUAUAAAACCUCUGGUCAGUUGCUGUUUUAGGUUUACUGUUUGCAGUAAGCCUUGGUGUAAAGGUAUUGUAGUCAUCUUCCUAGGGCAAAAAAAAAAACAAGUUUCAGCUUGGUUAUCUUGCCAAGCUAAGUGAGCAACAUUAUUUAUUAAUUCAGAUUAAAUCAUUUCUUGCUAUUCAUGCUUGUCUUAAAUUUGAAUAAUAUUGGUCUAAAAAAUGUUCGAAAAAGGUUUAUACUUUACUUUUUGACACUCACAGGUACCCUUAAAUAUGUCACUCUUUAACAAUAAAUCUAGAAAUUGUGUUUUGUAAUCUUGAGUAUUCUGGUGUUCACUUUCUGCUUUCAGUUGUAUUAGAUAUACAAUUAGCUGGUGAAUUUUGUUAAUGUUUACAUAAAAACUGCUUUGCCUUGUCUAUUCUCUAAGUUAGGCUAGUUGCAGUUAGCUUCAUAGAUAGUAAUCAGUUGCUAAACUGUUCAAAUAAAUAAAUAUAAUUUCUUCCCAGAGACGGACAAAGUGCUCCUCUGAGUUUGUCAAAUUUCUCCUUUUUAAAUCUGCCAAUUUACUAUAUUUCAAACACCUCCAUUAAUGAUGACAAAUAUGCUCUAUGUUUCAUCAGAUGCAGCAUUUUAGCAGAGUAGAAAAAUGGAUUUGGAUGAGCUAAAGGAGCCAUUUAAAGGCCAAUCAAAUGGCAUCAUUUAGUUUGUUUGGGGAACAAUUUUUAUGUGUUCGCAAUGAUGCGCUCAAAAAUCCAGGGCAACUUUUACAAAACUUAAAGCAUCAAUCAGAUGCCAUUUGCUACAUACAGAUUUCUUUAGUCAGAUUUCCUACUUAUCAGUUAAAAAGGAAUUGUUUUCUUUUCUUUCUUACCGCAAAUUCUAUCUGAAAAAUAUAAACAGCCUUCUGCCUGAGCAGACUCGUACGACACUGCCAGAAACCAGAUAACACUACCAGAUUAACACGUUAUCUAUGUACUGUGGAUGAUUUAAGUGUAUAUCUUGCAUACAAUCCCGACAGUCAUGUGUUGGUCUGAUGAAUGUGUGAUGUAAGACGGUGUGUGUUGGUCCGUGUGACAUGAACAUGCCGUAGGUUCUCUGUUGUGUCCUCUUAUCUCUGGAACACCGAACAGAAUCAAAGGACUUAUUUUUACUUACGUAAUUUGUGUUUUUUAUAAUACAGACAAAACGUGCUCCGUUCCCAACUGUCCUAGCGUAAUUAGUGAGUAUUGUGUCUUUGUGAAAACAGUUGAGCUUUGGUGUGAAGCGGACCCAUUGCUUUUUCAUGAAUAGUUUUUAAGCAGAUUGUUCUCCAGGAUACAUCAAGGUGUAACGUCUGUAUAAUAUGAUGCAAUGGGACUUUUAACAUGUCUUUUGGUAAAUAAAUGUGUCUGAAGUUUU